CCGCGAGAAGUGACCCGCUGUGUUCGCGCAUCACUCACAAGCGAGCGGCAGCCGGCGGCGGAAGUGGAUAAACUGCAGCGGCAAGUGACAAACGAGCUGAUGGAUUCACAAGUGGCUACUGUAUCAACUGAUGACUCUCAAGCAGCCAAUACAGGGGACAGAGACUUGAAGAAUUUCCCCCUCGGAAAUGGUGAGCCAUUACGUACCCAUGACCAUACAGCUACUGAAAGAAAAGUCCAUACUGUAUCAACAGAGGAAGAAACAGGUACCAGUAAAAAAUCUGAAACAUUUGUAUCAUAUGAUAGUGAUUCUGAUGAUUCUGCCACAACAUGUAAGAGGGCUAGAUUUGAUGUGAAUUUGGCAAAUGAGCUUGAAUGUUCAAGUGAUACUGUUAAGGAAUCCAGUGCCAUGAAUUAUGUGAAAUACAGUGGAAUGACAGUCUCUGAGGGUGAAGAACGACCUAAAAAUAAAGUAACUCCUAAAGGCGUAGAAAUAAUAUAUGAUUUGAGUGAUGUAGAAAGUGAAAUAAUGUUUCAUACAGAAUCACCAUCUGCAUCUGCUAUGAGUACAUCUUCAACAGAAAAUACACUGGAAGCUCAAAUCACUGAGACAAAUGAGGAAAUUGUAAAAAGAAUUGAACAGGUUCUGGUAUCAAAGGGACUGAUCCCAGAUGGUGCAGUUAACUGGCAAGCUGUUGCAGAACAAAUUAUUGAUGAAGAAAUUGGUGGCUUAACUGCAAAAGAAUUAGAAGAUUUUUUUCUUGACAAAAUUUGUAAAAUUUUUCAAAUCUCUAGUUAUCCUAAAGACUUAGCCAUUGCUCAUUUCAAAGACAUAAAGCUUACUAAGAUGAUGGAUAAUAUUAAAAGUGAAACUUCAGAUACUCAGAAUCGAGUAAAUAGAGUGCAGAAAUUCAUAGAUGAUCACAAUCUUCCAUUAAGAGCCAGAGAGGCCAGCAAGUCAGAACAGCAAAUACCAUCUACAGCUGGAAUGUCAAGUGUGCAGGAGACUAGGAAAGAGGGAGCCCGUUAUAAGACAUCAACUACACUUGUUCAUGAGAAGAGUGCCUCAGUAGGACACAUAAAUGAAAUUAAGAGAAAUACAUUGCCAGUAAGAGAAACAAAAUCAGGGACAAUUCCCACACAAAGAGCCCUGUGCUCAUUCCAUGCAUCGUUGGUAGCUAAUACGAAGGAAAGUGCAAACAAUGUUCAUGGCAAAUGUGGUGAGAAUACUCCAGUACCGCCUAAACCAGUGAGCAGUGACAAAUCAUUGAUGUCUCAGAAGCAGCAAAAUCAAUUGGCUGGAAAAAUAUUUAAUACUGCCUCUCAAACUGGGCAAAGAACAAAGAUAUUCCCUGUUCAUCAAGCACCAAAGUCAAACCCUUGCAAAAAUAAUACAAAUACAUGCAUUGAAGUAAUUGAUCUUACAAUAGAUGAUGAUGAUGAUGAUGAUGAUGAACAGUUUACAAACUCUGCUACAAGUACUAGCUCAGUUGCAGAAACUAUGGCUACAACAAGUAAAGCAACUGGUUCAACGUUGGCUCCUAAUACUUCAGUUGGCAAAAUUAAAGCAUCAGGAAGUACUGCUAAACCAGCACCUGCUAAUCCAGUUAUGGAUACUACCUCAGUUACAAAAUAUAUAGCUUCAACAAGAAAAGUAUCAAGUACCAGGACAACUUUGGCUCCUAGUACUUCAGUUGAAAAACAAAAAGUAGAAGUGAAACUACCAGGAACUGCUACAAAGCCAGCACAUUCUAACCUAGUUACAGGUACCAGCACAGUUACAAAAAAUAUACCUUCCACAAGUAAAGCAAUGGGUUCUAGGGCAACUUUGGCUACUAAUACUUCAGGUGGAAUGCGUGGUAAAAGGAUUCAAGGAUCAAGAAGUACUGUUAAGCCACCACCUGCUACCACAGUCCAAAUUAAUGCAGAAUCAGGUGGAUCAUCAGCAGGUACUUCUUCAAAUGUGGCACCUAAUAGUGAAACUGUAAAACCAGAACCUCAACUUGGAGUAUCUGCAAUAAUUAUACUGUCUGCAAAUGGAAAAAAGACAAACAUUUUUCUUGUUCCACAGUCAGCUGGCUCUAUACCAUUAUUGACUCUUGGUACACAAAACAAUGUAGUUAUGACUGUGGAAGACAUAAAUCCACAGCAAAACCAACAAGAACAUAACAAUUAAUCAUCAGAGAGUGACACAGAUCAGUCUCAUUAGAUGGAACAAAAAAUGAAAUUUGUUGUUACAUCAUACAUGAAUUAAUAUCAAAACUACUGAAAAUAUGUUGUUGAUGAGUGAGAGGACUGUAUUUUUAUUGUCAGAUUUUGUGUGUUAAGAUAACACAGCUAAUAGUGAAUGUGCUCACUGUAAAAUAAAUUUUAUACAAAAAUAUAAUUCAUGCUGUCAAGUAUAACUUUUGUAAAAUAUUUUGUGAAUGUAAAUAAAGACUGAACAUAUUACGUGUUUUCUGGAAAGUAAAUAUUUUAAACUUGUCACCAUAAUUUUCAACAAUGUAUUCAUGAAAAUAUUUGGUAACCAGUGAUGAAUGAUAACAUAUGAAACAGACAUUUGUUCUGUAAGUUAACCAUCUUAUUGUUAAUGCAGUGGCAGAAUAUCAGUCACAAACUGAGAAGAGAGGCACAGUAAUGACAAACUGGAAACAUGCAGGGUAGGCGAUGGCUUGAAACAUUGAUCCAGCUACCCUCACUGAGAGUUAUCAUGUUUUCCCUAAAUCUCUGGAGAUUAUUUCUGGGAUGGUUCCUUCAAGAAAUAUCUAAUAAUAACUGCACAAUAUGCACAAAUCUCAGUAAACAAUAUGAUAUGGAGAGUAUUUGUUGUUAUUGUGAUUCAAAACUAGGCACAGAAACCAGUGUGAAAAUGAUAUAUUAUAGCCUGAGAUCAUUUGACAUCAGCCUCAUAAUGUGGUACCAGUAUUAAAUUUGAACAAGCUGUGAAAGGUUUGUUAUGUAUUAAAUGCAAAAUGGUACAGUGCUGUUGGUGUGGUAGCAGUAAUAAAUUUGAACAGGCUGUGAAAGGUUUGUUAUGUAUUAAAUGCAAAAUGGUACAGUGCUGUUGGUGUGUUGGUGCUAAUUCAAAUCAGAGAACAUUGCUAUGAUGUAAGUGCAGUGAGGAAGAAUUAAGCCUAAGGAUUGACACAAAUGAACGUACUUCAUAGUUGCUUGGUGAGAUUUCAAGCUCAAAAUACAUAUUGUAACAAAAACAACUAAUUCUUAAAUGUAGAAAUUAAUGAAUCAAAAGAGACGUGAUCAAUUUGCAAGAGGAAACACACAGAUCCUCCAUGUUUCUAUAAAUAAAUGUUGAGAAUACAGACAGAAAAGGAAGGUUUAAAAUUGUAAAAGUUUUUUCUUACACUAUAUAUUGACUAAUAUCAAAACUAUUGAAAAUGUUUUGUUGAUGAGUGUACAGGAAUGUAUUUUUAUUGUCAAAUUUGUGUGUUAAGAUAAGUCAUGUACAAGUGAAUGUGCUCACUGUAAAAUAAAUUUUAUAUGAAAACAUAAUUUAUACUGUGAAGCAUAACUUUUAUAAAAUGUGUUGUGAAUGUAAAUAAAGAUUGAAAAAUUAUGUGUUUGCUGGAAAGUAAAAUUUUAAACAUGCCACCAUAACUUUCAACAAUUUAUUGAAAACUAGUGAUGAAUGAUAACAUAUGAAACUGACAUUUGUUCUGUGUUUAAUUAUGUUAUUGUUAAUGCAGUGGCAGAAUAUCUGUCACAAACUGAGCAGAGAGGCACAGUAAUGACAAGCUGGAAACAUGCAGGGUAGGCGAUGGCUUGAAACAUUGAUCCAGCUAUCCUCACUGAGAGUUAUCAUGUUUUCCCUAAAUCUCUAGAGAUUAUUUCUGGGAUGGUUUCUUCAAGAAAUAUCUAAUAAUAACUGCACAAUAUGCACAAAUCUCAGUAAACAAUAUGAUAUGGAGAGUAUUUGUUGUUAUUGUGAUUCAAAACUAGGCACAGAAACCAGUGUGAAAAUGAUAUAUUAUAGCCUGAGAUCAUUUGACAUCAGCCUCAUAAUGUGGUACCAGUAUUAAAUUUGAACAAGCUGUGAAAGGUUUGUUAUGUAUUAAAUGCAAAAUGGUACAGUGCUGUUGGUGUGGUAGCAGUAAUAAAUUUGAACAGGCUGUGAAAGGUUUGUUAUGUAUUAAAUGCAAAAUGGUACAGUGCUGUUGGUGUGUUGGUGCUAAUUCAAAUCAGAGAACAUUGCUAUGAUGUAAGUGCAGUGAGGAAGAAUUAAGCCUAAGGAUUGACACAAAUGAACGUACUUCAUAGUUGCUUGGUGAGAUUUCAAGCUCAAAAUACAUAUUGUAACAAAAACAACUAAUUCUUAAAUGUAGAAAUUAAUGAAUCAAAAGAGACGUGAUCAAUUUGCAAGAGGAAACACACAGAUCCUCCAUGUUUCUAUAAAUAAAUGUUGAGAAUACAGACAGAAAAGGAAGGUUUAAAAUUGUAAAAGUUUUUUCUUACACUAUAUAUUGACUAAUAUCAAAACUAUUGAAAAUGUUUUGUUGAUGAGUGUACAGGAAUGUAUUUUUAUUGUCAAAUUUGUGUGUUAAGAUAAGUCAUGUACAAGUGAAUGUGCUCACUGUAAAAUAAAUUUUGUAUGAAAACAUAAUUUAUACUGCCAAGUAUAACUUUCAUAAAAUGUGUUGUGAAUGUAAAUAAAGAUUG